UCUCGUUUUAUUGUUCCCCGACCCCCUUCUCUCUCCUCCACAAGCCUUCCUCCUGCCCUGCGCAAACCCUAGACACAAACCGUCGCGUCAGCGGAGGAGAGAGAAUCAAUUACAACACCAGCAAAGAGCGUUUCUCGUCCUCACUCUCCUAUCUCGAGCGAAGCUCAGUUGUACGCUAAGGUUUUGAUUUGCUAUACCGAGAUCGAUCGUUAAUGGCGGCGGCGGCGGCGGCUGUGACAGCGACAGCGACGGCACAGCAACCGGUCUCUGCUCAAGUUGUUGGGAAUGCUUUUGUUCAACAAUACUAUCACAUACAGCAUGAAUCGCCGGAAUUGGUCCAUCGGUUUUAUCAGGACAUCAGUAAGCUUGGUCGUCCCGAGGAGAAUGGGACUAUGAGCAUUACCACCACUAUGGAGGCAAUCAAUGAGAAGAUUCUAUCACUCAAUUACACUGAGCUAACAGCUGAGAUUAAAUCAGUGGAUGCACAAGAAUCUUUCAAUGGGGGAGUCCAUGUCCUUGUAACUGGGUCUUUGGCAGGGAAGGACAAUAUGAUUCGAAAUUUCACUCAGACUUUCUUCCUUGCGCCCCAGGAAAAAGGGUUCUUUGUUUUGAACGACAUAUUACGGUAUGUGGAUGGAGACGAAAGUCUUGGCAACUUAAUGGAAUCUCCCCUCACCUCAGAGCAGGCUCCUCCUGUGCAGCAGGAUCAUGUUUCUGAGCAAAUCAUUGGAAUUGUAGAGGUUGAUGGCGAAGAAGUAGUCAAUCCAGCUGAAAAUGGAGAAGUGUCUGUCGAUGAAGAGGAGGUGCUAGUGGCCGAGGUUGUUGAUGAAAUACCUGACAAUUCACAUGUCGUGGUUGAAUCUGACUCCAAAAUUGAGGAAGUGCCAAAAAAAUCUUAUGCUUCUAUAGUAAUGGAUCUGAAGGAGAGUGGUAUGCCAUUAUCAUCCCCUGCACCUACUCCUCGGAGAUCUGUAGUUAAGACGCAAGAGCCACAAGUGAACCUUGCUCAGAUGUCAGUAACAGCAGCUGAGACAUCAGUUCCAAGUUCAGAUGUAAUUGAAAAUGGGAAUUAUCAAGAGGGCGAUGCUGAUGGUUAUUCAAUUUAUAUCAAGGGCCUGCCAAUGAAUGCCACACCUUCCCAACUUGAGGAUGAAUUCAAGAGGUUUGGACCAAUAAAGAAUGAUGGCAUCCAAGUUAGGAGUAACAAACAGCAGGGAUUCUGCUUUGGCUUUGUUGAAUUUGAGGUGGCAACUGCUGUGCAAAAGGCAAUUGAGGCCUCACCAGUUACAAUUGGCGGACGCCAAGCAUUUGUUGAGGAGAAGAGGUCUACCAACUCUCGAGUGAAUAACAGGGGGCGCUUCCCAACUGGAAGGGGAUCUGGAUACAGAAACGAGGGGGUCAGGGGGCGUGGAAACUAUGGGGGUGGUAGAGGUUAUACGCGGGGCGACUUCAACACCAGGAACGAGUUUGGUAAUAGGGGCGGCAAUCGCGGAGGAUAUCUGAACCGGGGAGCAGAUGGAUAUCAGAGGGCGGAUAACAUGGGAAGUGCCGGUGGGCGGGCAACGCGUGGUGGUGGUGGUGGUGGUGGUUUGGCUAUCAAUGGAGCCAAAGCUGUGGCACCACGGGUAUCUGCUAGUGCUUGAGGAACACCAUAGGUUAGGAGGAGGGUGACUAGUGACUGAUUGAAACGGGGUUUGGUUUUUGAGGAAACAGAUUUGUCUUAUUGAGUUUUUUGAGUUGAAAAUGUCUGCCCCAUAAAUUUUUGCCCAAUUUUCUAUUCUUGGCUAGGGUUAUAUAAAGGGUUUGAUAGUUUAAUGAGUUGAAGUAAUUUUUUUGCUUGUGAA